UCCUUUGCGAUAGGCUGAGAUCCCUUCCAUUAAGCCCAGUAGGGGAAGUGUUCUCUGCGCAGGAUCACAGUUAUAUCCCAGUCCCACAGAGCAGGGGGCAGGCAGCUGCUGCUUCAUGUCACGGCACCUUCAUCAGGCCCAGUAGUACCGACAGGAACCUCUCUACUGGAUCUGGAGCCCCGACUUACCCCCCCUUUGCGGUCACUUGGAAUCUGCCGGACCCUCUAACGAGCACAGAGCACCCUGGGGUCAAUGUCACCCUAUACUUUCCCCCCUGAGCUUCUGGCACCCAGAGAUCUGGCAGCAGAUACUCUGACUGUGCCCUUGGAUUAAGCUGCUGUUCAUAAGCACCAACCAGGGGGCACGGAUGCACCCUGGGCAUGGAAUCUGAUUCUCUGAUUGGCUGUUGUCAACAUUUCUAAUGAGACCAAACAACUUACAGGGAAGACACUUUGGUGCAGAUAAACUGAGAUGGGCGACUGGAGCUUCCUUGGCCAGUUCCUUGAAGAGGUGCAGAAACAUUCCACGGUGGUGGGCAAGGUCUGGCUGACCAUUCUGUUCAUCUUCCGGAUGUUGGUGUUGGGCACGGCGGCGGAAUCCUCCUGGGGGGACGAACAGUCGGACUUUACGUGCGACACGAACACGCCCGGUUGCGAGAACGUCUGCUACGACAAAGCGUUCCCCAUCUCCCAUAUCCGAUACUGGGUGCUCCAGAUCAUCUUCGUCUCCACCCCCUCCCUGCUGUACAUGGGACACGCCAUCCACACCGUCCGCGUCCAGGAGAAGAAGAAGCACCGGGAAGAGGAGAAAGCGAAGCAGAACCUGAGCGGGGAGCCGUCCUACCAUCAGAAGGAAUAUGCGGUGGAGAAAGAGGAGAUCGUUUACACCGACGAGUUGAGCGGCAGGAUCCGGCUUCAGGGGACGUUGCUGAACACCUACAUAUGCAGCAUCCUCAUCCGCACCCUGAUGGAAGUUGCUUUUAUCGUGGGACAGUAUAUGCUCUAUGGAAUAUUCCUGGAAACCCUGUACACGUGCCGGAGGUCGCCCUGCCCGCAGCCCGUCAACUGCUUUGUCUCUAGGCCGACGGAGAAGAACGUUUUCAUUGUAUUUAUGAUGGCUGUGGGGGUGCUCUCUCUCCUUCUCAGCCUCGUAGAACUCUACUACCUGGCGUGGAAAAAGAUCAAGCACAAAUUUGCCGGUGCCGGUACGCACAACCCGAGCGCCCUCAGGGUCGCAGCCGUAGAGCCGGGGCACCGUUCCCAAAGCUGCACUCCGCCUCCGGACUUUAACCAGUGUUUAAGCAGCAAUAAGGGUAAGUUUGAGAGCCCUUUCAGCAAUACGUUGGCUUCCCAGCAGAACACGGCCAACUUUGCAACGGAAAAGGUCCAGGGCGAAGAAGACAUUCGAGACGGGCAAUUUAUCCACAUAAGCUAUGCACAAAAUGCACCGGUAUCCAACCACUCCACUCCGCACCAUACACCGAACGGCUACUGCCAGAGCCCCCGAAGCCUGAGCAAGACCAGCCAAGCCAGCAGCAAAGCCCGUUCAGAUGACUUGUCUGUGUGAUCAUGAAAUCGUCGUUGUCCUAGAUGCCUCCAAAACCAGUGUUACGUGCCUUCAACUGGUCAGGAUACAAAGUCAGACUGGUUGGCCGCAAUCUUGCCAAAGAUUAUAAAAAAGUAGCGAAUGUAUAUUUUUGAGAUGAAGCCGUGUCAGAUGUUUGACUGUUGGUUGCAUCGGUGGGUGCUCUAGACUUGAAAUUGACCAUUACGUCAAUCAUGUUUAUCUCCCGCGGUUUGGAAGACCUAAGGUCUAACAGUGGUUUUUCUUUUUAGACUUUUUUGGGUUUGAAGCCUUCAUAAGGGGGGUCCAAUUGUGUCCGGUCCCCCUUUUAGCACAUGAAAAGUUUAUAGAUACUUGAAAACAUUGUCAUAUUGGUAAAGCUGUGAUAGUUCCAGGAACAUGGAGGACAGUAGUAAAUGAACUUCUCACUCUAAAUGACCUUCAGGCAUUGGUUCCUUGUUGGGAAGGUGGGGACUAGAACUACUAUUUGGAAACCCAUAUUAUACAUUAAGUCUCGGUCUUCAAUCAUCAUUUUCACAGGGUAUGUCUUGAUGCCAGAUAUUUUAUACAUUAUUAGCAAAAUAUGGGCAAUUUACAUGAUCAACGGAGAACUUCUUUGGCACUGUCGCUCUCCCUUCCCAUGUUCUCUGCUCUGUUAACGUCUUAAACAUAACAUGAACCCCCUUAACUACAGUACAGGAAGCAUGAAGCUCAUGAUUCUCACAUAUAUGGAUCCAGGGAUGUACUAUACAGGAGAUAUAUAGCCAACCAGUAAGUGGUACUGCCACAUAGCUGCCCAGGUCAUUUACAAGAGACAGGGAUACCCCCCAGACCAGGGAUCCCCAGCCUUUUGCACUUGUGAGCCACAGUUACAUGUAAUAAGUCUUGGUGAAUCACACGAACAUGGAAAAAGUUCUUUGGGGGUGCCAAAUAAGGGCUGUGAUUGGCUAUUUGGUAGCCCCAUGGGGACUGCUGGC